GGCUUUCCCAACCUGCUUGCCGUUCCGCGCCUCGGGCUGUGUACCCGCGCCUACAGUAGGUGAUAUAGUCCGUCAAGGUAGCAACAGGAAUCCCUCAGCUUCUUUUCUUGAUCGUCGUUGGGAGUAGUUGAUCGAGACACGCGCUCGGGAGUAGUGUGCCAGCAGCCGCAACUGCGACCAUGAGGGCGAAGUGGAAGAAGAAGCGUAUGAGGCGUCUCAAGAGGAAGCGCAGAAAGAUGCGCCAGAGAUCGAAGUAAUGGACGACGCCUAUGGGUUGAUUGGGGGGAGGGGGAGGGGGCAGUCAGAGUGGGUGGGAGAGUGGGAAAGGGGUGAGUUGGUAGUAUGGUUCAGGGGAACGAGAAGGGGAGGAAGAGGACAAACGCAUGGGCUACACGGAUGCGAACGUGGAUGGGGAUGUUUCAAUUUGGCAAACGCGCUCUAUGCUCUUCCGCUUGACGAUAUUUGUAGUGUAGUGUGAUAAGGAACGAGUGAUUCUUAAGUUGUUAUAUUGGACCGGCUGGUCUUUCUCCUCGCCGUAGCUGGUACUCGUUUGCUAUUUUUGCAUUUUGCGUUGGUGUGGUUGUUGGAGUGUGUUUUCGAUUUCAUAUUUUUCAUUACGCGUGGGAGUGUGGUUGUUGGUGUGAAUCUUCGAUUUGUUACCUUUGCGUUUUGGGUUGGAGUGUGGUUGUUGGUGUGUGAAUCUUUGGUUCUGUUUGCUUGGUUAAUGUCUGUUUGGUUUAUCCGUGGGUCGUGUACUGUCUAGGUUGAUCGUGUGUCCUGUACUGUCUUGGGCCGUUCGUGGGUCGUAUGUCUUGGUUGGUCCGUGUGUCGUGUAUGGAAAGAUAUGCACGGAAAAAUGGCUACGGUUGUUAUAGCCAUGCCAAGGCACAUGGCUGUUGUCUGCCUUGGAUGUGUUUAUAUCUCUUCGAAUAUUUUGUUACAAUGUUCCGUGAUAUGCCUGUUACAAGAUUCCCUGUUUGUGUUGUAGUUUUUUUGUUUGUUGUUUUAAAAAAAAAAUAAGAACCAGGCUCCUAGGGGCGGAAAUAAGAGCAGCCUCUCCUACUGUCUUAACCCGAAUAGAACGCCCGGUUAUUGCAGCUGUAUCUGCACAGAAAUUGCAGGAAGUACGGUUAUAAUCACCGUGCGUUCGAUUCCGGUGAAGACUAGUGGGUGGCGUGUUGCCCCUUCUGUGGGUGGGAAGACGCAGAUGCUCUCAGUACAAAAUCAUCUCAACAGGAGUUUUAGAUUGUUUUGAGCUGUGUGCACUUUCCCCGAACUUGGCGAGGGUUCUGGCGUGUUUUUUAGGUUACGUAUGUCGUACCUACGGGUAAAACGUAAUCCUCACGGACUUUACCCGAAUAGAUCGCUCGGUGAUUAUCGUGUUUCUAGGCUGAAAUGUUGGCCCGUGUGUAGCGAAGGUAAAACCUAAUCCCCACGGACUCUACCCGAGUAGAUCGCUCAGACUCUACCCGUGUUUUUAGGCUGAAAUGUUGGCCCGUGGUUAUCGUGUUUCUAGACUGAAAUGUUGGCCCGUAUGUAGCUAAGGUAAAACCUAAUUCCCACAGACUCUACCCGAAUAGAUCGUUCGGUUGGCUCGUUUGUAGCUAAAGUAACCGUGAUCUCUGUUCGGGUGAACUCCGUAGCAUUUUGUGUUUGACGGUGAGAGUUCGACGCAUGCGGAAACCUGAAACCGACUAGCAUCUAUGGUGGUGCUACGCGUAUUUGCCCUGACAACGAUGGUGCUAAUUGUUUUAUGGAAUAUGAAAGGAAGAAUCUGACAAUGUUCGCAACUACAUUCGUGAUCUGAAAGGCACAAAUGUAGCAGCGGGCCCCUAAGUAGUUCUUUCCGAGCUAUGUGUUGUGUUUUUGUUAUGGACAAUUGACAUGUCGGAUCUGGUAAAGCUUCCUUGAUGAAGAGAGUAGAGUGCAAUUUGUCGUAAACGCGGCUGUUGACACAUCUAGGAAUGAAAUGUCUGUUGUCGCGGAAUUCUCUUCCGUUCAAUGUGAAUUCCGUCUUGCGGUCACUCGCGCCGUGCUAGGAGGGAGCCAUCAGAUUCGCUCUCUGCGCGAAGAGGGAGCGAGAGCAGGAAAUCGAUCGAGGCACGCGCUCGGGAGUAGUGUUCCAGCAGACGCAACUGCGACCAUGAGGGCGAAGUGGAAGAAGAAGCGUAUGAGGCGUCUCAAGAGGAAGCGCAGAAAGAUGCGCCAGAGAUCGAAGUAAUGGACGACGCCUAUGGGUUGAGUGGGGGGAGGGGGAGCGGGCAGUCGGAGUGGGUGGGAGAGUGGGAAAGGGUGAGUUGGUAGUAUGGUUCAGUGGAACGAGAAUAGGGGGAAGAGGACAAACGCAUGCGCUACACGGAUGUGAACGGGGAUGGGGAUGUUUCAAUUUGGCAAACGCUCUCUAUGCUCUUCCGCUUGACGAUAUUUGUAAUGUAGUGUUAUAAGGAACGAGUGAUUCUUAAGUUGUUAAAUUGGACCGGCUGAUGUGGUUGGUUGUGUGUUUUCGAUUUCAUAUUUUUGCAUUUGCAUGGGAGUGGUUGGCGUGUGAAUCUUUGAUUCUGUUUGCUCAGUCAAUGUUUGCUCAGUCAAUGUUUCGAUUUCAUAUUUUUGCAUUUCGCAUGGGGGUGGUUGGUCGUGUACUGUCUAGGUUGACCGUGUACUGUACUGUCUUGGGUCGUUCGUGGGUCGUGUAUUGUCUUGGUUGGUCCGUGUGUCGUGCACUGUCUUGGGUCAUCCGUGGGUCGUGUAUUGUCUUGUUCUUCUAAUGUUUGCUCUGCAUUGAGAAAUGUCUUUUGACUGAAAACUGAGUGUUGGAGGAGAGAAUUUACUACGGUCUUUGCUUGUUUCGAGAUUUUGUGACAUAAUUUCGUACGAAUUAAUCUAAAGGAAGGAAUCCUUCGGCUAUGCUUAAGG